UCAGUCGUCACCACCGCCCUGCCUGCAGUGUCAGUGAUUUCAGCUGAUGGAGAGGGUAGCGGCCUUCGUUGCAAUGGAUGAGGAUUUGGGAGCUGUUUCUGUUUUACGGAAAGGAAACCCCGUAAAAGAAAGCAAACGAAGUUUCGUAAAAUAAAUAUUUUCAACCCGUCAAAUGCGAUAAGAGUUUAUUCUGGGGAAGGAGCUGCUCUCUGUCCGCUGUGGGCUUUUCAGGGGGCUUUCCUGUAGGCAGCAGCUACAUUAAAGAGCCUGAACGCUGGGAGCAAUUUGGAAGAAUUACUCUAUCCCACAAUGGCAAAACAUGAGUGAGUAGCUCGGAAUUGCUGGUGCAAAAUAGUGUUGUUUGCAACUUAAUACAUAACGACAAGGAAUGUCGUUUGUGGGGUGGAGUAGCGGUAUAUUUAAUAAUACAUGAGCCGCGUGAAAAUUAGCAAAGAAAACUGCCGUAUGCUCGCGACGUGUUGACUUUUAUUAUUGCCUUUGCAAUAGUUGACAAUGUUUGGAAAAUACUCAACGGCACUGUCCUGUAACCUUUAGCUGACUUUAAUGUUAACUAACUAAAUAGCUUGCUUAAUUUCAAGCAACAGCGUUUCAUAUUUUUCUAAAAUAUCGAAAUGGAAUUUGUUACCAUUUGCUUGCUUGUCAGGACUAACGUUCAGGGAGAUCAUUGCUAGCUAGCUAGCUAACUUGUUAGCUAACUAAAUGCUACAUUUAGCUUGUUGGCAACGUAUACUAGCAACACGAGUUUGCUCAAAUAGUCUGUUAUUCAAUCUGGCUAUUGAGUAUUGGAGAUAAAAAGUCAAGGUACAAGCCAUGCGAGGACGAACACACUUAGGUGCCCUGAUUGGGCAAUGCAUGGGAAAUAUUGUAACAUAUUUGAUCUGAAAUAUUUUUUGUAAAAAAUGAUUGCUAAUCAAAAUAGAAACAGACGCAAACGGAAAAUUAGUUUUAACAGGGAAUGGAUCUUGGAUAGCUAGCCAGACCAUGCCAUUGGCGCAGUGAAGUUUUCGGGACCUGGUCAAGCAAAGUGUAGGGGACUUUGACCGGAUUAAGUUUGCGUGCCAAUGUUUCUGUUUUGUUCUUCAAUAAGCCUCCGGAAUGGCCUUUAAUUUUUGGAACUAUGUCUAAAGCAGCGACAAAAGAGAAGAAAUCUUUCAGCAAGAAGCUGUUCCGCAGGGGCUCAGUUCGCUCCGUGGGGAGUUUUAUGAACAGAGUCCUUAGGACUCUCUCAACAUUAUCUCAUUUUGGCACCGAGGAGCAUACUACAGAAGAUGAAAAGGACGACGGAGGUUUCACCUCUUUUAAGUUGGGAGGAUCUGUUCCUUCGGACGAUAGCGACUGUGGAAGUUUUCUAUUUGGAGAAAAGGUUCCCGGUGUGUCCGGUCUCAAGAACCAUGGAAACACUUGUUUUAUGAACGCAAUUCUGCAGUGUUUGAGCAACACAGAGCUGUUUGCAGAGUAUCUGGCAUUGGAGCAGUACCGCGAAGACGAUGGCAACGAAAAGCCCAAGUCAAACGGCGUGCUUUUGCAAAGGAAGGGUCAGCAGAGCAGAGGAGAGGUCACGGAGCAACUAUCUGGUCUGGUUCGAGCCUUGUGGACUUUUGAAUACACGCCACAGCACAGCCGAGAAUUUAAGAACGUCGUGUCGAAGAGCGCCCUCCAGUUCAGGGGCAACGCGCAGCACGACGCCCAGGAGUUCCUCCUCUGGCUUCUGGACAGGGUGCACGAGGACCUGAACAACAUCAUCCACCCCAACAGCAGGUCGUCCAUAAAGCCCCCGCUGGAGGAAGAUGACCCCGCCUCAGAAGGGCCCUCUCUUCCUGUGGCUGGCUCCUUCGUGCAGGAGCUCUUCCAGGCCCAGUACAGGUCCUCGCUCACCUGUCCCCAUUGCCAGAAGCAGAGCAACACCUUUGACCCCUUCCUCUGCAUCUCUCUGCCCAUCCCCUUGCCUCACACAAGGCCCCUGUACGUCACUGUGGUUUACCAGGGGAAGUGCUCUCACUGCAUGAGGAUCGGCGUGGCCGUGCCCCUGACCAGCACUGUGUCCAGGCUGAGAGAAGCCGUGUCCCUGGAGACCAAGAUUCCCACCGACCAGAUUGUUCUGACUGAAAUGUAUUACGAUGGCUUUCAUCGCUCCUUCUGUGAUGAUGACGACGAUCUCGAAAUUAUUCAAGAAAGUGACUCGAUCUUCGCCUUUGAGACGCCUGAGAUAUUCAGGCCAGAAAACAUUCGCUCACAGAGAGGAAGCCUUCAUGCAAAUUUAAACCAGAACAACCUGAAAUAUGGGGCGGAGCACAACCGAACGUCUUCCUACCUGCAAGGAGCUGUGAAGCCCACGCUGCCGACCAAUAAGAACGCAGGAGCGGACAAGAUCAUUCUGCUCGUGUGCAACAGGGCCUGCUCUGGCCACCAAAGCAGAAGGUUCGGCCACCCUUUCGUGCUGUACCUGGAGCGCACCGUGACCUGGGACGUCCUCCAGAAAGAGAUCCUGGAGAAAAUGCGCCACCUGCUGAGGCCCGGAGUCUACAUACAGGUGGGUGGAGCCGAGGUCGGGCCCUUCAGUCUACGCGUGGUGGGAGUUGUUGGAAUCACGUACCUCCUGCCUCGAGAGGAACAGCCUCUUUGCCACGCCUCUGUGGAGAGAGCGUACAAGUCCUGUGGGCCGGGGGGCCCGCCACACAUCAAAAUAGUCGUGGAGUGGGAUAAAGAGACCAAGGAUUACCUGUUUGGACACACCGAGGACGAGUACAUCCCGGACGCCGAGAGCGUGCGCCUGCAGAAGGAGCUGCACCACCAGCCCCAGUCCUGCACCCUCGCCCAGUGCUUCCAGCUCUAUACCAAAGAGGAGCAGCUGGCCCCGGACGACGCGUGGCGCUGUCCGCACUGCAAGCAGCUGCAGCAGGGCAGCAUCAAGCUCAGCCUCUGGACCCUGCCCGACAUCCUCAUACUGCACCUCAAGCGCUUCAGACAGGAGGGGGACCGGAGGAUGAAGAUGCAGAACAUGGUGAAGUUCCCCCUGGUGGGGAUGGACAUGGCGCCCCACAUGGUGAAGAGGAGCCAGAGCAGCUGGAGCCUGCCCUCGCACUGGUCGCCGUGGAGACGACCCUACGGCAUGGGCCGCGACCCAGAGGACUACUUGUACGACCUGUACGCCGUGUGCAACCACCACGGGACCAUGCAAGGGGGCCAUUACACAGCCUACUGUAAGAACUCCAUUGACGGGCAGUGGUACUGCUUUGAUGACAGCGAUGUGCAGCCCAUAUCUGAUGAUGACGUUUGCAAGCAGACUGCCUACAUCCUGUUUUACCAAAGGAGAGCCACCAUUCCCUCUUGGUCGGCCAACAGUUCUGUUGCUGGUUCCACCAGCUCCUCCUUGUGCGAGCACUGGGUCAACCGGCUGUCGGGCAGCAAGCAGCCCAGCGUGGCCUCCGCCGCCUCCUCCCGCCGCACCUCCCUCGCCUCCCUGUCGGAGUCCGUGGAGUUCACCGGGGAGCGCAGCGAGGAUGACGGACCCGCUCCCAUGCUGAGGGGGUUCUCCACCCGGCCCUUCGUGCGGAGCGUCCAGCGGCAGAGCCCGUCCUCGCGCUCGUCCGUCGCCAGCCCCCUGGCGGCGAGCGAGAACGGGGUCAAGCCGUCGUGGUCGCUGAGCGCCAAGCUCCAGCUGAGGUCCGGCUCGCCCUCGCGCUUCUCGCUGGACUCGCACUCCUCCGGCACGCUGGAGCGGAUCGGGGAGGCCGCCGACGACAAGGUCUCCACCUCCUGCUUCGGCGGCUACGGCAAGAGCGAGCGGCCGGCGGGCGGCAAGGCCCCGCUGGCGGUGAUGGAGGGCGCGGCCAGCGACGACGGCAGCAGCCGGAGGUCCGUGGAGGAGCCGUACUGCAAGGCCUCGCCGCAGGCCGACAAGAGGGGCCCCAAGCCGGAGCCCGUCGACAACAACAACCAGGCGCCGCCCGCCGAGCUCAAGGAGCCCAAGAGGCGGGGCAGCGGGGGCGGGGCCGCGCCCAAGCCCGAGAGCGCCGGGCCCAAGAGGAGCUCCUCCAGGGCCACGCCCGAGCCGGAGAAGAGCUCCAAGAAGCGGCAGGCGUCCGCGGCGGCUCGCGGCUCCCCCGCCUCUCCGGUGUCGGCCGGCCCUCAGGCCAAGGGCCCGGCCAAGGCGACCUCGGCCAAGGACAGGGCCGACAUCUCCAGGGCCGGCAGGGCAUCGUCCGCCGGGACCCCCAGGAAGGAGCCGGCCAAGGCCCAGGAGGCGUCGUCCUCGGGUGCGGCCACGCCCAAGCAGCGCGCCGCCGCGGCGGCCACCCUGCCCCCUCCGUCCCCCGCCCGCAGGAAGCCCUCUGCGGCGACGGAGAGGGCCCCGGCCCCCGGGAAGAGCAAGCCUGCGGAGCGGAGCGCCGGCCGGGACCCCGCGCGAGCCUGCGCCAGCCCCCCCGCCGACAGGCCGGGCCCCGCCCGGGCCACCACCGCCGCCGGCGCCGCCGCACCCCGCUCCUCCCUGCCCCGCCCCCAGAGCGGCACGGUGCGCAGCUCCAGCAGCAGCUCCUCCGUCACCAGCCUGCGCUCCCCCGGCGUCCCCGCCAAGGACCUCCGGCGCAGCAGCAAGUCCGAGGACAAGGGCCUGUCCUUCUUCAAGUCCGCGCUGCGCCAGAAGGAGAGCCGCCGCUCGGCCGACUUCGGCAAGGCCACCAUCCUCGCCAAGAAGACGCCGGAGGGGGCGGCGCCGCCGCCACCGCGGCCCGGCGCCGAGGCCCAAAACAACGGCGCGGCGGGGCCGGGAGAGGGGGCAGGUAAGACGGCCCGGCAGGCCACCCCGGACCCCAAGGCGGGAAAGGCCGCCGCUAAGGAGGAGCCUCCUAAGGCCGCCGCCCCCGUAAAACGCUCCCUCCUGUCGCCCGGCAAGUCGAAGUCUUCCGCGGCCGGGACGGGCGCUCAGCCGCCCGCCAACGGGAAAAAGCCACCCGACAGGACGGCGUCCUCCAGAAAGCUUUCUUCCAGCAUGCGAUCGUCUGCACGACCAGCACACAAGCCUCAGUGAUAUACCAAUACCGUUUCCUUUUCUGUAAUGAAGCUUUUUUUGAUGUGCCUAAUAUAUAUAUAUAUAUAUCUAUUUAUAUAUAUAUUUUUUUCCUUUCCUAAAGAAAAAAACCUAUUGUAAAUUAUUAAAGCGCCUUUCUAUCCUGCCGUUGAACCAAAUAAUUGCCGUUGGCAAGAUCUGGUACAAGAGUCUACUGCUGUACACUAAACUGAUUAAUUACCUAGGAUUAUGUUUUAAUACAGCACUGUAUAUAGAUUUUUAUGCUGAAGAAAGAUAUGAUAUAUAUAUAUAUAUAUAUCAUAUUUCUCAUUAUAACCUAAUGGACUUCACUUUGAUUACAAGGUUAUUUUAGCUUCCUGUUACUGUAGCAUGCGUAAAAGAGGUUUUUCAGCAGGUUUCUUAAAAAAUAUUUACUCAACAAGGGAUUUAAAGUGGAUUGAUGAUUUAUCAUCGUUCCAGGAUAUAUUUUCAAGAGUGAUCAAACACGAAAGUUACUGUACUUUGUACCAAGUGCUGCUUAAGGGGCAAUAUUUCACAGCUUUUGUGAGGUUGGCUGUUUUUGUUUUUUUUUGCUUCUCAGAUUGAUGGUUAAAUGGCAGUAAUACCAGGGCAAUUCUAAAAUAUACUGAAUCUGCAAAAACUCUACCAUAAUCCCAAACUGUCUGAAUUACAUGGAGCCUUUAAUCAACUUUAAAGAAAGCUGCUUUCUGGCCUGCUGUGGUAGUGCAUGCGUGGGCCCGAAGGCUCAUUCUGUCCUUCAGUGCGAAAUAAUUUUUGCUGUACAACCAGCAUCUUGUUACGUAUCUGGCUUCUAAAACAAGACCAGUUCUUAAAAACGAAAUACAUUGGUAUCAACCCAAUGCCCCUUAUUGCCAUUGAACAUGUAUUUAAGGAAGCUCAGUAAGGAUUAAAUAAUGAACGUUUCCAGCACGCAUGGAAUGCUCUGUGCCAUACAAAGGUGCUCUUUCUGUUGCUCUGCCCAGUACUGUGCAGAGCAGGUCUAUCUGACCUCUGUGCACCGGUGUGGACUUGUGCCUUUCAAUAGGUGUCUCAUAGGAUUCAUGAACUAAAUAGAAUUUUAACGGAACUAAAUGUGAAAAUGACAUGUAACAUCAGGCAUGGCAGUCGGUUUAUUGGAAAACAGUUUAAGAGGCUCUAGGUUUUUUUUGGGUUUCCUUUCAGUUGAUUUUGGUUCAGUUUGCCAUUCUGUUAAGGUCUGUCCUGCUCCUAGCACAGCGUGUACAGUUACGUAAAGUUUUGUAUAAUUUUGAUCAUGUAUGAUUUGGUAGAGGUCCAAUACUAAUGUUCUGUCCUCGAUUUUGUUUUGCAUUGACCCCAUCUCCUGUUUUUGUCUCAGAACCAGGUGGGUGACCUUUCCUUUAUUUCCUGGCCGUGUUUAUGCGUCUGUAUAAAUGCGUGUCCAUGCAGUGCAUGUGAUGCUUGCUGCUGCUGAUGUCAUUAAAGGUGGCAGCUCGGCAGGGAAUGUUGGUUUUUUUUGGGAGAGAGCCACCUUAUCUGUCCUCCUGACCGGCUGCCAGAGGGGCGCGGUGGGAGGGGGUGCGGGGGUGACCCCUCUGGUGCUUUCGGCCGACGUGCGUUUGGACCCGCGAGCUGGAGACGGCCCCUGAGCGACGGCGGUUUUGAUGAGUCGCGCGUUAGCGAGGAGCUCCCGCCGCCGAGCCUCUCCGCCGUGCGGCGGGACAGGAAGAGGCCCUGCUGCCAGGGCGUUUGAGGGCGGAGGGCCGUCACAACGGAGCCGCCUCCAGCUCCGCGCGUCGCCGUCGGAAACAAAGCGGAAGUGCUAAGGCUGGCGUUGCGCUCGCUUUGACACCACCCCCCCCCUCCCCACCACUUUUUUACACCUCGUUUCCUCUGGCUGCGCGUCCGCUCUCAUUCGUUCCCCUGCUGUCCAUGUCCGCCAGGAGCCACGUUCGCUCAUCUUCUCUGUAUGAGUGGCUGUAUGAAACCUUUACUGCGGUCUGUUUAUUGUAGUACUGGGCAAGAGGCAGCAGUAUACAAUAUAUUGGGCCUGUUGAAAAUGUUCAUUUUCUAACGAUUAGCGGAGCAGUUUUCAACAGUGUACAAAGUUUUGUACUGUCACAAAUUGUUGAAAGGAGCGUUUCACUUGGCAAUAAGGUUUGUGCUGUGGUUGAUAUCACAUUACCGUUCAAAAUCCUGAUCGUUGUAUUCAUUUUAAAAAUUGAACUGUGACAUAUUGUUUCACAAAGAAAGUUGAACACGUUUGAUUCGGUCGAGACGAUACCUGAAAAACAGCGCGAUUUAAUAGCGGGUGAAAUAUUGCCCUUGACGUUGCAGCAGUACUGCUUCUCACUGUCCUGCAUUAUGCUGCCAGCCACCGCCGUCACGCACAAAGAGUUCUGCUCAAAAUGAAAUCCAGGGCUGACGCGUGCCUUUCAGCUCAGAGAACAGCAUCGUGAGGGGAAAACGCCGACCGGGGCUCUGCGACGGUCAUAAAAAACCAAUAACUCCCCGAACGCCGCCUGUGGCAAAACCCGCCAGUAACCUGAGCGAACGGUUUCCACCGGCGUCCGGCAGCGCUAGCACAAGGCCCCGGAGUCAGGAAAUAAACCAAACAGCGGCACGCCGCGCGUGGAGUCUCGGGUCAGAAAACGCCAUUUUGAGAUGAGAACCGCUGCGGUCCCCUGCUGAGCGGUGUACUUUCGAUUAGCAGAGUCCAUCCAGCCCUUUGGCCAUCCUUUAUAUUAAUGUCAUAGUUGAAAUGUAACAACACUAAUACACGCCCCCCUCAUUUUGGCUUUCGCGCUUAAACAGACCGAGCGGCUUUCUAAGCGACGCGCUGAUCUGUACGCCGAAAAAAAUGCUUUAUGGAAGCAAUUUUGCAUGAUACUGCUGAUGCAUGCACUUAACUAUGCAAGCAACUGUUGCUAAUGGCUGCACUGAAUGAGUGAAAAUGCUAAUGUGUAAGACCAGUACCUAUAUAUUUUACUGUAUUUUUUCAAAUGCCAGCAGCAGAGCACGAAUACUCAGCUUUUGAUGGUUUAUCUAAAUUGAAAUGACUCUUGAGAUUGCCAUGUGCUCGCCCUAAGUUGUGCUCAUUUGCUAUCGGACUUUUAACCCAACACCCUUGAGCCGAUGAACAGUAGGUCCUGUGUUUUAUUUCCUGUUUGAUUUUGUUUCAUGUUCUGUGUAAUAAGCUUUUUUAAGGGGCAGGCUAAUGCCUUCAGAAACAUACCUGACCCUUUUAGUAAAUGGAAAAACUAACUGCCAUCUUUUCAAUAUAUUCUUACUUGGAUAGUUUCUGUGUGAAGUGAGGUGUGAUGUGGGUGUUCCUGCAUUAUCCCGUAGAGGUCCCAGGUACCUGCUAAGGCAUUAGCUUGCCCCUGACAGAUUGAAUCAGCCAGGUUUAUUCCAUCUAAAUACCCCUGCUUGCAACGAUGCUGCCAAGUUCCGAUUUCCACAAUCACCUUUCUGAUGUCUCGCGUACGUUUAUGCUCUCAUUGGUCGGACUUUGGUCACAUGCUUGACUCCAUUCCGUAUCGUAACAGCCUUCCGAACAUUUCAGUUCAGGCCCGGAUUGAACGGUGAGUGUCUUUUCGAGACCACGUUCUUAGAACAAGAUUACAGUCACUUGCGUGGAAUACACGUCUGAACGUUCCACCAGUGUUCAUCCACCACUUAACACAAGUGCUGAAUGAUUUUAAGAACAUGUAUGGAUGCUUUUGUAUUUUAAAAAAAAGUUUUAGUUAGGGUACUGGUGGCUUUAUUUUGUGUGUACCUGGGAACUUUGGUAAUCUUAAAAGUACUAAUAGAGUUGGAGUCAUGGUUAGGGUUGCAUUUUUUGAAGGAAGGUUUUGUGUUUCAGUAAUAUAUCAUAACUUAUGAUCAAUAUUAAAUAACUUUAAAGACAAAUGUUUCCAAGUACUUCCUUCUUGAUCAACACACUGGACUAAUGACUAAUAGUUUCAGAUGGCAUGCCAGGUUACUGUGCACUACAUGUUCUGGUUUAGUGUUUUAUCAGUAUGAAAACAUGUCUUCCAGAAUGUUGUUUUUAAAUGAAAGUUUUCAUUGAACUAUACUGAGAAUGGUUAAGUACAAAAUGUACAUUUAAUUUAUUUGGGGCAAGUGCAUGAAACUGAGUCGAUGCUUUUUGUUUAUUUAUUUGUAUAUUUUAAUAUUUGAGUAUGCACUUUUAAUAUACAUAUGUUUCUUUUUAUAUCAUUUUUUUAUGUUUGAAAGAGUGAAAAACAUUUGUAUAAUGACAUUUUUUUCAAAUAUGAGGAAAAAAGGUGAAAUGUAAUAAAAAAACAAAUU